AUGUGGCCUUUCGUAUCUCGUAGAUACGCCACAUACUCUGUCGAAGAGGUGGACCAGAAACCGUACGAUUACAUCGUCGUAGGCGGCGGAACUGGAGGAUGCGUACUAGCCUCCCGUCUCACGGAGGACAGCAGCGUUAGCGUUCUACUAAUUGAACGCGGUCCUAUUAUCGACUCCUGGCUCUCGCGUGUCCCUCUGCUCUCCACGGACUUUCGCAGUGCUCGCUCCCCGACAUACCAGUGGGCAUCCACUACAAAUGCCGUGGCGACAGAGAUUGGAACGAAAAGAAUGAUCUCUGGCAAAGCAUUAGGGGGCACUUCCAAAGUCAACGCCUUCAUUUACACUCGUUCUAUCCCGGGAGAAUACAACGCUUGGGCUUCGAACGGCCGCGAAGGAUGGAGCUGGAGCGACGUAGAGCCGUAUUUCCGAAAAUCCGAGACUUCUUCGAGCAACACAUCAGCCUCGCAUCGAGGCUCUACAGGCGCACUAUCCUUGAUACCUCUCGUAGCAUCCACGGAAUCGCUCGGCAUUCCUCGUCAAAAGGACUUUCACGAUCCCGCCGUACCUCCCUACACAUGCGGACUUCUCGAUGUGACGAUAGACGAGAGCGGAUGCCGGCACUCGACAUUCGACGCCUUUCUUCCCCCAGAAAUCACGUCUAGGGCCAAUCUCUUUAUUUGUCCUGAGUCCAUCGUGACUCGACUCGACUUGAAGGAUGACGAUAACGAGAUUAGAGUCGCAGGGGUGUAUCUAGAGCCCAGCAUGCUCAAUUCGAACAGUACCGCUAUUUCAUGCUAUGCCUCAGCCACCAGAGAGGUCAUCAUGUGCGCAGGUGCUAUCGCAACGCCUCAAAUACUCAUGUUGAGUGGACUCGGACCUAAGGGUCAUCUGGAGGAGCUCGGGAUCGCGGUCGUCCGAGACCUGCCCGGGGUAGGUGCCAACCUCCAGGAUCACCCAUGCGUAUCUCUCCUCUACAAGGUUCCGCGCGAGGAUUCACUGCACGAGCUCAAGCACAACCCUCUUCGAGUCAUCUGGGAGCUGCUGCGGUACGUUGUAACUGGGCAAGGCUGGUUGCUGUCCCCCAACCCCCAGAUGGCCGUCUUCGCUCUGAGCAAGUUGCUCGAUGAAGAGUCCCGUACCACGAUAGGACUGGAAGCUGGCGCAGACAGCCAUUCACCUGACAACCUCCCCGACAUCGAGCUCACGGGCAUGCCGUUCAACAUGUGUCCUGACGUGCCGCUCGACAAAAGCGAGGGAGCCCUGUCUCUGGUGUGUAUCCUUCUCAAACCCAAGUCUGCGGGCACCAUCCGACUCGGCUCUCUCAACGCGCACGACCGGCCGAUAUGCGACCUCAACUACCUGCGCGAGCCGGGAGACUAUGAGGUCUUCCGGAAGGCGCUCCGGCUCGGGCUCGCGAUCGGGAGGAAGUGCCGGGAACAGGGCUACUCCAUGCGCGACGCGCUGGUGCCCGACAGCGAGAGCGACGAAGAUCUUGAUCGGUUUACCAGACAGCGUAUGACGACGAUCUUCCACUACACCUCGACAUGUCGGAUGGCGCCUGAGCAGGAGCUGGGCGUGGUAGACGACGAACUGAGGGUCCACGGAGUUCACAACCUGCGAGUAGCGGACGCAAGUAUCUUUCCUGUCGUACCGUCUGCUCAUCCGCAGGCUCCCGUGGUUAUGGUAGCGGAGCGCUGCGCUAGUUUCAUCAAAGCCGUCCGCACUGGCAGAUAA